AUCCGAUGGCCCUCUGCUGAGAUAUUCUCUCCCUCUCCUCCUAAACUUCCACGUACCAGAAUUGGAAAACAAAACCUUUAUGGGACUGGUUUCUCAAUUUACCCUAAGUACAUUUUCCAUGACCGAGACGAUGUCAUUAAAGCCAACGUAUGUAAUCCCUUGCAAAUUCUUAAAAUAAUACGUGAAAAUGAACAUCUUGGAUUUCUUUAUAUGAUCCCUGCAGUGCCAAGGUCUUCCAUUGACUACGAUACAUAUAACCUGAAAGUUGUAAGUUAUGACAACAUCAAUAAAAAUGACUACUAUACUAUUAGCAAAAAGGCAAUAACACACACUUAUAAUGACGAUAUGGAAUUUAUCAAAAUCGAUCGAUGGGAGCAGGAAUAUCUGUAUCACAGAGAACUCAUUAAGAUUCCCAUAUUUUCACUUUUCCGGAAAUGGAAGGCUUUUAAUGUGUGGAAGAAGAAUGUGCGCUCUAAAAAAAUCAAUGGAUGUCGAAAAUCUCUACAAAAAAAUUUGUUCAUUGUUAAUGAUUAUUUGCGACCAGCUCUUCUUAAAAUAAAUGAACUGUGUUAUCAAUUGAGUUUUAUGGGACUUUGUAAUAUUGAAAAAGGUCACACCUACACCCUGCAAGAGUUUAUGGCUAUACAAGUCAUACGGCUGAAAGAGGUGACUGAGCUCCUGGAAGAAUUUCGAAAUGAGGCGAAAGAUGUGGUCGGGAAGGCUUGCUGCGUUUCUCUGAGUGCUGCAGGAUUUACUCCUGAUGACAGGGCAUAUAAGGAUUAUGGUAAAAUGCCAGACAGUGGAAGUCUCCUUGAGAUGGCUGCUUAUAUAGANUUUUUAGUAGAAUGGCUUUAUGUAGUAGGUGUCCUAAACAUGCAGCUCUUCUGCACUUACCCUCCAAACUUUAUUCGCCUAAAUGACUACCUAAUUGAGAACACGAUGCACAUCCUAACAGUAAAUUCUGUUAACUCUCUUUUGAAUUAUCUCACUGAAAAGCUAAAACGAACACCUUCAGCGGAUGUCAUUCAGAAAUGGAUUACUGAAGAGAAGCCUGAAGUCACUGAUAAAAAGGAUGGUAUUUCAGGUGCAAUUAAUCGUCUUCAAAACACUGUGUUAUCAGUUCCUAAUCUCGUGCCUGAUCCAUAUUUUGAUGCCUUUACCAGUCCUUACAUUAACAACAAACUUGAAGAAAAAACGUGUGGACUUGGUCCAAGCUUAUCAGCAGUAUUUGAUGAUGAUAAGAAUUUUCACACAAUUAUCCUCCAAAUAAAGGAAACCAUAAAAGCAGCAUUUGAAUCUGCCCAAUUAUAUGCAGCUACAUUUGAAAAGUUCCAGAUAUUCUUCAAGGAGAAUGAAAGUCUUGAUUUACAAGCUCUUAGACUUCAGGAGCCUGACGUUAAGUUCUUUAGUGAACAACUGGAAAAAUAUCACAGACAGCACAAGGACGCCGUAGCUCUAAAACCCACCAGAAAUGUAGGCUUGCUGCUCAUUGACACCAAGCAGCUAAAAGAAAAACUAAUUCCAUCCCCUCUGCGAUGCUUGGAGGUGCUAAAUUAUAUGCUUCCUCUUCAAAGCAAGAAAACAGUGGAUGCCCUUAUCUCUGAGGCCCAAGAUGCUGAGUAUAAACUUGAAUUCAUGCCAACGACCACCAUAGAAUAUGUUAACAGCUUAGUAUUUCUUGAUGAAAUUCAGGAAAGGAUCGAAACCCUUGAAGACGAAGGGAACAUAGUGAUUCAAAUGUACAAGCUCAUUGAACAGUAUCAGGUUCCCACGCCUCCUGAGGACUUAGCUGUUUUUGCAACUAUGAAGCCAUCCAUUGUUGCUGUUCGGAAUGCCAUUGAUAAAUCCGUGGGCGACAGAGAAGCAAGAAUUAAGCAGUUUUGUGUGUAUUUGGGUAAAGAUCUUGAAGAACUAACCAAUGAAGUGAACGAAGUAAAGCUGCUGGCACAAGAUCCGCAGAUUUUGGAUGUCAGUGCUGACCAAAACAAAAUAAAGUCUGUGUUGAACGAUCUGCAGUUAGUUAUAGAUGAUCUCCAGAAACGUGCAUUUCAAUAUAAAUCUUAUCAGAAACAUUUUAAGGUAGAAGUGUCCACGUUUGAAACUUUGGAAGAAGUUAGUGCUGAAUUAAAGCUCAAACAAUUGCUCUGGGAUUCUUUAUCUGAAUGGGAUCAACUUCAUCAAGAAUGGUUAAAGUCCAAAUUUGAUUGCUUGGAUCCAGAAGUCCUAAACAGUCAAGUUUCUAAAUACGCCAAAUUUGUGACUCAGUUGGAAAAAGGCUUGCCGCCCAACAGUGUAGUGCCCCAGCUAAAAACUAAGGUGGAAAAAAUGAAAGAAAAGCUUCCAGUUAUCACUGACUUGAGGAACCCAACUUUGAAGCCUAGGCAUUGGACGGCUAUUGAACAAACAGUUGAUGCCACCCUAGUUGACCUUGACAUUCCUAUAACCUUAGAGAGACUCUCCGAGUUGCAUGUUUUUGACUUUGGCCAAGAAAUUCAGGACAUUUCUGGACAGGCUUCGGGAGAAGCUUCGUUAGAAACAAUCCUUAAAAAGGUGGAGGAUUCUUGGAAAACAACCGAAUUCGUCGUUCUCCCUCACCGUGACACCAAAGAUGUAUUUAUCCUGGGUGGCACAGAUGACAUACAGGUUCUUCUUGAUGACAGCACCAUCAAUAUCACCACCAUUGCCUCAUCGCGUUAUGUUGGUCCACUGAAAACUCGAGUUGAUGAGUGGCAGAAACAACUUGCUUUAUUUAAUCAAACACUGGAAGAGUGGCUGAAUUGCCAGAGAAACUGGCUCUACCUAGAAAGUAUCUUUAAUGCCCCAGAUAUUCAGAGGCAGUUGCCUGCAGAGGCCAAGAUGUUCCUCCAGGUGGAUAAGUCUUGGAAAGAGAUCAUGAGGAAGGUGAACCGGCUGCCUAAUGCACUUCGAGCGGCUACUCAGCCAGGACUUCUGGAGACUUUUCAAAACAAUAAUGCACUACUUGACCAAAUUCAGAAGUGUCUGGAGGCAUAUUUAGAAUCAAAAAGAGUUAUCUUUCCACGAUUUUACUUCUUGUCAAAUGAUGAACUUCUGGAGAUUUUGGCCCAGACACGGAAUCCCCAAGCUGUGCAGCCACACUUACGGAAAUGCUUUGACUCCAUUUCAAAGCUCGAAUUUGCUGUCCUGAUUUCUCCUGAAGCAAAAGUUCCUACUAUGGAUGGAGAGCCAGAAAAAGUUUAUACUAAUGAUAUUUUAGCAAUGUUGUCACCAGAGGGAGAAAGGGUCAGCUUGGGAAAAGGCCUCAAAGCCCGAGGCAAUGUGGAGGAAUGGCUCGGUAAAGUGGAAGAAGCCAUGUUCACAUCUUUGCGUCGCUUGUGCAAAGCUGCCAUAGCUGACUAUCAGGGGAAACCGCGAACAGAGUGGGUGAUAGCUGGCCACCCUUCUCAAGUGAUCCUGACCGUUUCUCAAAUCAUGUGGUGCCGUGACUUGACUGAGUGUUUGGAAAGCGAUGAUAAUCAUUUAGAAGCCCUGGAAGCUUUUGAAAAAGUCAACUUUGAGAGAUUAAAUGCUCUGGCUGCAAUAGUUCGAGGCAAUCUUCCUAAAUUACACAGAAACAUCAUAACAGCCUUAAUUACUAUCGAUGUGCAUGCACGAGAUAUAGUCACCGAACUUGUUCAAGCCAAGGUAGAGGAAGUCGAAUCCUUUGACUGGCAGAGACAGCUGCGCUAUUACUGGGAAAUAGAUGUAGAUAAUUGUGUGGCUCGAAUGGCGCUCUCUCAGUACACUUAUGGCUAUGAAUAUUUGGGUGCAUGCCCAAGAUUAGUUAUUACUCCUCUCACGGAUCGCUGCUAUCUUUGCCUCAUGGGGGCUUUGCAGCUCGACCUGGGAGGUGCGCCAGCCGGUCCUGCUGGCACUGGGAAAACUGAGACUACCAAAGACCUGGCAAAAGCUCUUGCCAUCCAGUGUGUGGUCUUCAACUGUUCCGAUGGUUUGGACUACAAGAUGAUGGGGCGCUUCUUCAGCGGUCUGGCACAGUCGGGGGCUUGGUGCUGCUUCGAUGAAUUUAAUCGAAUUGACAUAGAAGUUUUGUCCGUCAUAGCGCAACAACUCAUAACCAUUAGGAAUGCCAAAGCUGCGAAGCUCUCUAGAUUCAUGUUUGAGGGCCGGGAAAUAAAGUUGGUCAUGACUUGUGCAGCCUUCAUCACAAUGAACCCCGGAUAUGCAGGCAGAACCGAAUUGCCAGAUAAUUUGAAAGCCUUGUUUAGACCCUUUGCAAUGAUGGUUCCAAAUUAUGCCUUGAUUGCAGAGGUAAUUCUAUAUUCUGAAGGAUUUGAAUCCAGUAAAAUUUUAGCAAGAAAAAUGACUCAGAUGUAUAAGCUUUGCAGCGAACAGCUCUCUCAGCAGGAUCACUACGACUUCGGCAUGAGAGCUGUGAAGUCUGUACUGGUCAUGGCUGGGUCUUUAAAAAGAGAGAACCCAGACCUAAGUGAAGAUGUGGUGUUGAUCAGAGCUUUACGAGAUUCCAACUUGCCAAAAUUCUUAACAGACGACGCUCUUCUGUUCAGUGGAAUCAUAUCUGACCUUUUUCCUGGAGUCCAAAUUCCAGAACAUGAUUAUGGUAUAUUGCAAUCUACAAUUAUAGAUGUCAUGAAUAAACAAAACCUUCAGCCUGAGAUAUGUAUGGUUAAAAAAGUGAUACAAUUCUAUGAAACCAUGCUAGUAAGGCAUGGUGUUAUGUUAGUUGGGCCAACAGGAGGUGGCAAGACCACAGUUUACCGAAUACUUGCAGAAACUUUAGGGAAUUUGCAAAAACUUGGUUUAGACAAUCCCUUUUACCAACCAGUUAAAACAUACGUUCUUAAUCCUAAAUCGAUUACAAUGGGUGAAUUAUAUGGCGAAGUUAAUAGCACAACCUUGGAGUGGAAAGAUGGCUUGAUGGCACUGAGUGUCCGAGCAGCUGUGAAUGAUACUUCGGAAGACCAUAAAUGGAUCAUCAGUGAUGGGCCAGUGGAUGCUCUUUGGAUUGAAAAUAUGAAUACAGUGUUGGAUGAUAACAAGAUGCUUUGCCUGGCUAACAGUGAGAGGAUUAAACUCACACCUCAAAUCCACAUGCUUUUUGAGGUGCAAGAUCUCAGGGUUGCCUCCCCUGCAACGGUCAGUCGAUGUGGAAUGGUGUUUGUAGACCCUGAUGAACUGAAAUGGAUGCCAUAUGUUAAAACGUGGAUGCAGGGUAUUUCUAAAAAAUUAAAUGAGGAAACUCAAGAAUAUGUAUUGAACCUUUUCCAACGUUAUGUUGAUGAUGGUUUAAAUUUUAUCAAUAAAAAAUGCAGCCAAGCGAUCCCACAAGUGGACAUUAGCAAAGUUACUACACUCUGUUACUUAUUGGAGUCUUUGAUAUUUGGGAAAGAUGCAGUUAAUUUGGCAAUGGAACAAACAAGACUGAACACUAUACUGUGUCAGACCUUUGUAUUCUGUUAUUUAUGGUCUUUGGGUGGAAAUCUAACUGAAAACUGCUGGGAUUCUUUUGAUACAUUUAUUAGAACACAAUUUGAUGAUAAUCCUGAUGCCAGGCUCCCCAGUUCUGGCGAUUUGUGGAGCGUUCACAUGGACUUUGACACCAAACGGCUGGACCCCUGGGAACGAAUCAUAACCACCUUCAAGUACAGCCGAGAUGUUCCAUUUUUUGAAAUGCUUGUCUCCACGGUUGACACUGUGCGCUUUGGGUAUCUAAUGGAAAAACUACUGGCCGUCAGGCAUUCGGUGCUAUUUACUGGAACAACUGGAGUUGGAAAGUCUGUUAUUGCAAAAGGAUUGCUAAGUAAGAUUCAAGAAUCAGGUGGCUAUGUUCCUGUUUAUCUAAAUUUUUCUGCUCAAACUUCAUCUGCACGAACACAAGAGAUUAUUGAGUCCAAAUUGGAAAGGAAAAGAAAAAAUAUUCUAGGAGCACCAGGAAACAAACAUGUUGUGAUUUUUGUUGACGAUUUAAACAUGCCCAGACUGGAUCACUAUGGCUCUCAGCCUCCGAUUGAAUUACUUCGGCAGUAUCAAGAUUUUGGUGGAUUUUAUGACAGAAACAAACUUUUUUGGAAAGACAUACAGGAUGUAACGAUUGUAUCAGCGUGCGCACCUCCAGGCGGUGGCCGCAACCCCGUGACUCCCCGCUUCAUCCGACACUUCAGCAUGCUGUGUCUCCCGAUGCCCUCAGAGCACAGUCUAAAACAGAUUUUUCAGGCCAUCUUAAAUGGCUUCCUGAAUGACUUCCCACCAGCUGUCAAGCGAACUACAUCCAACAUCGUCGAGGCUUCAGUUGAGAUUUAUAACAGAAUGAGUGUUGAUCUUCUGCCAACACCAGCCAAGUCCCAUUACAUCUUUAACUUGAGGGAUUUAUCCAAAUGUGUGCAAG